CGGGGCGGGAACGCGGAAGGGGCUGGGGCUGCGGCGCGGAGGCGAGGAGCAGACCGGGGGCGGGGCCGGCAGUGGGAGUGCUGGGCGCGGGGUGGGCGGCGUGGGACCCAGGGGGCGACAGAGGCAGCAGGAGCCCGAGGCCUGAGGAGAGGAGACCGGCGGCGGUGGCAAUGCUGGAGACCCUGCGUGAGCGGCUGCUGAGCGUGCAGCAGGAUUUCACCUCCGGGCUGAAGACUUUAAGUGACAAGUCAAGAGAAGCAAAAGUGAAAAGCAAACCCAGGACUGUUCCAUUUUUGCCAAAGUACUCUGCUGGAUUAGAAUUACUUAGCAGGUAUGAGGAUACAUGGGCUGCACUUCACAGAAGAGCCAAAGAAUGUGCAAGUGCUGGAGAGCUGGUGGAUAGCGAAGUGGUCAUGCUUUCUGCGCACUGGGAGAAGAAAAAGACAAGCCUCGUGGAGCUGCAGGAGCAGCUCCAGCAGCUCCCAGCUUUAAUCGCAGACUUAGAAUCCGUGACAGCAAAUCUGACUCAUUUAGAGGCGAGUUUUGAGGAGGUAGAGAACAACCUGCUGCAUCUGGAAGACUUAUGUGGGCAGUGUGAAUUAGAAAGAUGCAAACAUAUGCAGUCCCAGCAACUGGAGAAUUACAAGAAAAAUAAGAGGAAGGAACUUGAAACCUUCAAAGCUGAACUAGAUGCAGAGCACGCCCAGAAGGUCCUGGAAAUGGAGCACACCCAGCAAAUGAAGCUGAAGGAGCGGCAGAAGUUUUUUGAGGAAGCCUUCCAGCAGGACAUGGAGCAGUACCUGUCCACCGGCUACCUGCAGAUCGCGGAGCGGCGAGAGCCCAUAGGCAGCAUGUCGUCCAUGGAAGUGAACGUGGACAUGCUGGAGCAGAUGGACCUGAUGGACAUAUCUGACCAGGAGGCCCUGGACGUCUUCCUGAACUCGGGAGAAGAGAAUACUGUGCCGUCCCCCGCCUUAGGUAGGGUUGACAAACUUGCAUCAGCUGAACUGGGGCUAUACCGAUGCCACUCCCCUCCAGAGGGAGAAGUGAGAAACCUGCCAGUCACUUACACACAAACCCCCAAGCGCACAGCCAGCUCCUGGCUCCCUACCCCACGGUUCCACACGGCUGCGUGGCAGCUGCAGCAGUGGUGUGGUUCCGUCAUGAAUUCUUCUCAAAGAUUUGACAUGCUCCACUCCGGCAACUUUGGUGAGCUGAGAGCUUUCUUGUUUUCCCUCCUUUACCACCCAGAAAUCCAUUUGAGUCUGCUCCUUGUGAUUAAGCACCGGCGUUUGCAGGGAGGUGCAGACUCUCCUGCGUGGCUCACACGGAACUCUUCCCUCUUGAUGCGGCAGGCGUUUAGGGGCAUGCCUGCUAUGGGGCAAAGCCAUGGUGUAUGUUCAGCUCUUGGCCUGUGUUGUAAAACUUAGUUGGACUUCAGUUCCUUUCAUCCCUUCCCAAAAUUUUGUUUCACAUUCAUGCAGCAAAUAUUGACCGAGGUGCCAGACCUGUACCUGGGCUCGCUGCAUUUCAAAUUUCAGACCAGUUCUUCUGGCUGGGUCAAGGCAAAGCUCAGUCCUCCUGGCAGCACCUCAGCCAUCUCUAGAAGGUUCUACCAUUACCACGGUUUCUGCUUCCUCUAAACUUCUCACCCACUUCUCCCCCACUUCUCCUGGCAAUCUGUCAGAACGGUGUCAUCCCAGGGAAGAGAAGGGGCUUGGGUGCAUUUGCCCCCAUCCUGAGAAGGCCGGAAUACUAGAAACCAGAAUGAACCCUCACCCAGAGUCAAGGAAAGAUUUAGAAACAGUGACACCUGAAUAUAGAAUUUUGAUUCCUUGAAGAGCCUAUUUAGUUCCAUAAAAUUGGCGACCUGCUGAAAGGUCAGUAAUUCCGACUGUCUCAGCAGUGGUGUCUCUGAAUUACUGAAAAGGGUAAAAA